UUGCUGCGCCCCGUGCUCAGUGGCGUGUUCAGCAUGCCGCUGCUGGCGCACUACAAGGUCGACCCCAAGCGCAACCGGCUGCUCAUGGUGGCCUACAACGCCGAGGACAUGCUCCUCCCGCGCGCCAACUUCACUUUCUACGAGUUCGACGCCGGCUUCAGGCUGGUGCAGAAGCGGGAGUUCGUGCUGCCGGCGCACCUCAUGAUCCACGACUGGGCCUUCACCGACUCCCACUACGUCGUCCUCGGCAACAGGAUCAGGCUCGACAUCCCGGGGUCGAUGCUGGCCAUGACGCGCACGCACCCCAUGAUCGCGGCGCUCGCGCUGGACCCGGGCAGGCGGACCACGCCGGUCUACCUGCUGCCGCGCUCCACGGAGGCCGUGGCCAGCGGCCGCGACUGGACCGUGCCCGUCGAGGCGCCGUCGCAGAUGUGGUCGCUGCACGUCGGCAACGCCUUCGAGAAGGACAACGGCCGCGGCGGCCUCGACCUGCACCUGCACAUGUCGGGCUGCUCCUACGACUGGUUCCAUUUCCACAAGAUGUUUGGUAACGUCGUUGACAUGGCACCAAACAUUCAGUUGAUCUUCUUUUGCGCGAUGAUGAUCCAGUGACUGACCGACAUAUCCGUGCUCCGAUGAUGCAAUUCUCACAGGUUACAACUGGAAGAACAAGAAGCUGGAGCCUUCCUUCAUGAACGCAGUGAAGACCAAGGAAAUGCUGCCUCUUGUUCUUACCUGAAUAAUUGUGUAGUGCGGUUUCAUUAGUGCUAAGUCCAGGGGGUAAUUGCAAAAUGUGCUGCGCUGACCGGCUCUGCU